AUGGCCACUGGAUCAGUAGCUGUACUGUCACUUGUCGUACUUCUGAGUCUUUCAGUGCAUGGAAAUGAAAGGAUUCCCUCCGAUAACAUCACUCGUAUCUUGGACCGAUUAUUAGAUGGCUAUGACAACAGACUUCGCCCUGGAUCUGGAGGUGGUGUUACAGAAGUAAAGACAGACAUUUUUGUCACCAGUUUUGGACCUGUUUCAGAUGUUGAGAUGGAGUACACCAUGGACAUGUUCUUCCGUCAGAUGUGGGUAGAUGAACGCCUCAAAUUUGAGGGUCCCACUGAAAUCCUAAGACUAAACAACCUCAUGGUGGACAAGAUAUGGACCCCAGACACUUUUUUCCGCAAUUCUAGGAAGUCAAUUUCUCACAAUAUGACGACACCCAACAAGCUUUUUCGAAUCAUGCAGAAUGGAACAGUACUUUACACUAUGAGACUUACAAUCAGUGCAGAAUGUCCCAUGCAACUUGAAGAUUUCCCUAUGGAUGGCCACGCCUGUCCUCUUCGGUUUGGAAGCUAUGCCUACACCAGCAGUGAGAUUGUCUUUACUUGGAGAAAAGGACUAAGUGCAUCUGUGGACUGCCCGAAGGAGUCCAUGAGUCUCCUGCAAUAUGAUCUGGUGGAACAGACGUUGUCCAGUGAGAUAUUUAAAUCAAACACAGGUCACUACUCUGUGCAAGUGGUCCAUUUUCAUCUCCAACGGAAGCUGGGCUAUUACCUCAUUCAAACCUACAUACCGCUCAUCAUGGUGGUGGUCCUGUCUCAAGUCUCCUUUUGGAUCAAUAAAGAGUCCGUUCCAGCUCGGACAGUUGCAGGUAUCACCACAGUGCUGACCAUGACCACUCUGAGCAUCAGUGCACGCCAGUCUCUCCCCAAAGUGUCCUAUGCCACCGCCAUGGAUUGGUUCAUUGCCGUGUGUUUUGGCUUCGUGGCAUUUGCUCUGGUGGAGUUUGCAGCGGUGAAUUACUUAGCCACGCUUCAGGUCAAUCAUCUGGAGGAAAAGAGCGGCAAAACGGACAAGCUGGAGGUGCUGAAAGAGGCCGAAGAGGAUGCAGAUGACAAUGCUUCGUCGGACAGUAACCCCCGGGAAAGCCUCAAGCGGAGAAACCACUCCAUGUGUCGUAGUGAGAGGAGCGAGGCAGGGUCGCCCGUGCCCGCGUCAAUGCCCGUUCCCAUCUUUAUGCAGCAGGGGUCGGCCUUCCCUCAGAUCCCUCAGUUAGCGGGCACCAGCCCCAUAGACAAGUAUGCACGCCUGCUCUUCCCUCUGGCCUUUGGGCUCUUUAACCUGGUCUACUGGUACAUCUACUUGGCCAAAGACACAAUGGAGAAGCCCAGGCAAUAUGAUCAGCAGAUCUGA